CACACUGUUCGUUUAUUUACAUUUUCAUGCGUUACUGAAAUCGGUAGAAUUAGCUUAAUUAAACAAUAACCAACAAAUAACCAUGCCCAAGGUAGUAUCACGUAGUAUCGUUUGCUCCGAUACCAAGGAUCAGGAGGAGUACAAUGAGGAGAAACCCCUAAACAUUUACUAUUGCCUGUGCAACAAGAUGGCUUUGAUUCUGGACUGCACUCUGGACCAGUUGCCCCUUCGGGAGGUGGACAACGCCCGUGUGAUAAAUGCCAACGACCAUGCCAACAAACUCACCUACAAUCCCACGCCAAAGAUGAUCUACAUAAAGCGGAAAAGCAGAGGCAAUGCGAUAGAGAAGCAGUAUCGCUAUAAGUGCCGCAGCUGCAAUCUGCCACUUUACUAUCGCCACAGCCCCGACUCCCAGGUGACCUUCAUCAUGUUCAAUGCCCUGAUCCGCAACAAGGGCGAGAGUCCUCUCAGCCAGCUCUUAAGUUCCGAGCUCAAGGGCAGCACUAAAGCUCCAGCUGCCAAGCCAGCUUCCUCGGCGGGCGGAGGUGAGGACUCGGGCAUAGUUGAUGCCAGUGGCAAGAAGGUCAUGGUCACCAGGCACACCAAGAACAUGGGCAAGUUCAGCUCCGUCACGGUGUCCACCAUCGACGAGGAGGAGGAUGAAAUCGAGGCGCGCGAGAUUGCCGACAGCUAUGCCAACAAUGCUCGGAUCAUCGAAAAGCAACUUCAGCGUAAGGGCGGAAAACUAAGCGAUGUGGGAGUCAAAGGAAAAACAGAGGAUGCGCCUCCGCCGCAAAAGAAACAGCGUGGUACACUACUAGAGAGAUAGUCACAAUUAUAUCUUUAAGAACACUAUU